AUGCUCUCUUCUCUACGGAUAGCCGGUCGAUCCGUGGCCGGCAGACGCUUCCUCGUUGCUGGGGCUCGACAGGCCUCGACCUGGGGAGCUGUGCCCCAGGGACCUCCGGACGCUAUCUUGGGCAUCACUGAGGCCUUCAAGGCGGAUUCUUUCAAGGAGAAGAUCAACCUCGGUGUAGGAGCUUACCGGGACGACCAGGGAAAGCCAUAUGUGCUGCCGUCCGUCAAGGCCGCUGAGGCCAAGGUGGUCAAUGCCAGCAUGGACAAAGAGUACGCCGGCAUCACCGGUGUCCCGGCCUUCACCAAGUCCGCCGCAGAGCUCGCGUACGGCAAGGACAGCGCCGCCAUCAAGGACGGCCGCAUCGCCAUCACCCAGACCAUCUCCGGCACCGGUGCCCUGCGAGUCGCCGCCGCCUUCAUCGAGCGCUUCUACCCCCACGGCAAGACCAUCUACAUCCCUACCCCGAGCUGGGCCAACCACGGCGCCGUCUUCAAGGACGCAGGCCUCCAGGUCGAAAAGUACAGAUACUACAACAAGGAGACCAUCGGGCUCGACUUUGAGGGCCUCAUCGCGGACAUGAAGGCUGCUCCCGAGAAGAGCGUCUUCCUCCUGCACGCCUGCGCACACAACCCGACCGGUAUCGACCCUACCCAGCCUCAGUGGAGGGAGAUUGCCGAAGUCAUGAAGUCCAAGGGCCACUUUGCCUUCUUCGACAUGGCGUACCAGGGCUUUGCCAGCGGAGACAUCAACAAGGACGCCUACGCUCUCCGCUACUUUGUCGAGCAGGGCAUGCCCCUUCUCCUCUGCCAGAGCUUCGCCAAGAACAUGGGACUGUAUGGCGAGCGUGUGGGCGCGUUCUCGGUUGCGUGUGAGUCCGCAGAGGAGAAGAAGCGUGUUGACUCGCAGAUCAAGAUCCUCGUUCGACCGCUCUACUCCAACCCCCCCGUCCACGGAGCCCGCAUCGCCUCGACCAUCAUGAACGACCCGGAGCUCAACAAGCAGUGGCUCGGCGAGCUCAAGGGCAUGGCCGACCGCAUCAUCGAGAUGAGAGCCCUGCUCAAGUCCAACCUCGAGCAGCUCGGCAGCAAGCACGACUGGAGCCACAUCACCUCCCAGAUUGGAAUGUUUGCGUACACCGGCCUCAAGCCAGAGCAGAUGGAGAAGCUCUCCAAGGAGCAGCACUCCGUCUAUGCCACCAAGGACGGCCGUAUCUCUGUCGCCGGCAUCACCUCCGCCAACGUCAAGCGUCUCGCCGAGUGCAUCUACAAGGUCACCGGCUAG